AUGUCUUCGGAUUCCAAAUCACGCGAACCUUCUCCUUCGACUUCAUCUUCUCGCAAGCGACCUCGUACAGAAAUAACACCGGAGGAACGCAGAGAGGCACGAGCUCAUCGAAAUCGUAUCGCGGCACAAAACUCUAGGGACCGCAAGAAAGCACAUUACUCGCUUCUCGAACGUCGAGUUGCCGAACUCGAAGAAGAAAAUCGGCGAUUGAAAGCUGGACUACCUGUACCAACGCCAGCGCCAACAACAUCACAGGGGGAACAGGAUGCAAAGGAUAAGGAGAAUCAAGAGUUACGAAUGAGGAUAGCGACUCUUGAGGAGGGUCUCGAGGCUGUUGUGAAAGCAUUUACAACUCAUGGUGUACCCUCUGCUCUCACCGGAGCAGGGUCAGGUUCAAUCGCUGCACUGUCCAGCGGUCUGGCUGGUCCGACCGGGUCUACGACCUCGCCUUCCGCACUGACAGCGACGAUACCAUCGCCUUCUUCAUCACAUCCAUCACCGAUGUCUCCUCCUACAACAUUAACGCCCUCUACAGAUUUAUCCUCAACUCCUUCAUUCCCUGUACCUUCGAUCAACGACUUAUUUAGCACCCCAUCUUCUUCCACCUUAUCACUGUCAUCCGCUCCUACACCUUUACCUACCCCUACCCUGAUAAUAUCUUCAGAGUCAGGUUCUUCUGAGCCAGAGUCCACUCGCCACCUAGCACGGGUGGCGACCAUGCGAGCAACCCCUCGUAUGUCCCUGCAGCGGGUGGACUUGAGCUCAGCUUUGACACCUCCGCACCUACACCUUUCGGGCACGGAAACGACGAUGACAACCUUACUUUCCCAUCCCUCUCCUCCACUCUCCCGGACUUCCCUACCACUAUCGAUAACGAGACAAUGGAAACUCUCCUCCGCGAGAUCCUCAACGGUGACACCGGUGUCGUCCUCACAAAGGAGACCGAGAGUUUACCGUCUGUUGAUUUGCUCCCGGUUGCCGGACCGGGACAAACCCAAGAGACAAAAACGACGACGGCAGCGGAUGCUACCCCGUCGCAAGUGA